AUGAGCCAGCCGACGAAACCGGCAGCCAAAGGGCAUACCAAAAACAAGUCCUCAGCGUCACGGACGUCCAGGCCACGGGCAUCUACCAAGGGACCGCUGGACGUCGACGAUGACCCUUUAUCAACACCUGGAACGCCAUCUGCAGUACACGGGUCGCCAAACCCCAGUCUGCGCAAGGGUCCAGCAUCUCCGCGCGACCAAACGGCCUCAUCGCCCGUCUCGCAAAUCGGCGAGCCACACCGCAAGGAUUUUUCCUUUCUUCUGCGGCCUGAAAUCUACCACCCGCUCACCCCGCUCAACGUACCUCUGGCGUUUCGCAGCUCGCCCAAGCAGCCCGAUCCCUGUGGCCCGCCCGAGGAGCUGCUCGCGCGGGGCCACUUUCGCGCCGCCGCCAUUGCCGCCGUGCAAGAGCUCACCGGCAGCGGCGCGGGGCCCGGCGUCGAUGCGCACGACACGCGGCGCAUUUUUGACCUGCUCUACACCAGACUUGCGUGUCUGACGCUCAUUGACGCCACACCACUCGCCGCACAAGAGGUCAAGGCCCUCGAGGAUCUGAAUAGCGUUCGGACCUAUGUGGACGAGACCACCGGCGAGCACCUUGUGCCGUGGGAGCUGCGCGUGCUCAAUGUACGUCUGCAGGCACUCGGUUUCGGCGACCCGCGCCGCGCCGUCAUGAGCUAUCACGAUCUGGCGCGCGAGGCCCGCGAGCGCAUCACAAAAGCUGCCACGCGCCACGACAACUCGGAGAGCGAGCUAUGGAAGGCGCGGCUGCAGGAGCUCGGCAUCAAGGUCGCCGGCGCGCUCAUUGACAUGGAUGACCUGCCUGGUGCGGCACAUCAACUACGAAACCUGCGUAGUCGCGGCGACGCGCGGCUGGAGCUGUCUCGAGCGCUGCUCUGGCUGCAGCUGGGGGAUGCCGACAGUGCGCGAGAAUGUGCACAACACUGUGCGGACAAUGCGGAGACUACAGAAAAGAUUAUCAUGGCACUGUGCGACAUGGCCGAGUCGGAGUACGAGGCUGCACUGACAAAGUGGCAGGCGCUGCGGGCGGAGCUCGACGAUGAAAUGGUCAGUGUCAAUGCAGCGAUUUGUCUACUGUAUCUGGGACGAAUCGUCGAGGGACGCGAUAUUCUGGAGGGCUUGGUGGACAAUGGCUACUCGUCGCACACGUUGCUAUUCAACCUGUCGACCAUGUACGAAUUAUGCACAGAAAGGAACAAGACGCUCAAGGUGAAGCUGACGGAGCGCGUGGCGGCAAUGGAAGAGUCGCCUGCAGGGUGGGAGAGGACGAAUGCUGAUUUCAAGCUAUAG